AUGUCGAGCAAGGCCGUGGCCACCCUGGCGCUGGCAGCGGGCGCAUUCGUGGGCGUUGGGGCGGCCACCCUGUCCCUGGACGAGCGCGUGGCGGCUGGAGAGUGUGCGGGCACCGCAGUGGAGAGGGAGUCCUUCUUCGACAGCGCGAUUCAGCUGACCGACCUGCCCUCCAGCUCCGUGGCGCAGGCGGAGGAUCUCUCGGAUCUCAACUCGCUCGGAUACACCCGAUCCGCGGUGGAGCUCCUGAUCGAUUACGGUGCGAACUUCAAGGUGCUCACCGACGAGAUCUCCAAGGAGCAGUACAUCCUCACGCAGUGCGGCACCGAUGCGCCGAGCGACGACGAGGUCGAUGCGGUCAAGGCACGCCCGGACAGCAGCUACUCGAGGAAGAGUUUCACUAUCCCUGUGCAAAGCGUGGUUGCCACUGGCACCACUCAGUUGGCGUUCAUCCAGGCGUUGGGCUUGGAAGAUCGCGUUCACAAGGUCACAGGCUACGCAGUGGGAGCGUGUUGGCAGAAGGGCGCGAACGAGUGCGAAGCUGAGCUGGAGGCUCCGGGUUCGUGGGGUGGCAACGCGACCCUCCGCGCCAACCAGCUGGACGCGGCGGAGCUCGUGCUCGCCGAAUGCAGCAGUUACCAGCCCGUGGAGUGUUCCAGCGUGAACGCACUGAACAACGGGGUGCACUUUGCCUCCACCACGUCAUCUGCGGGAAAUCUACAUGCGGCCGAGUACAUCAAGUGGCUCGCGGCGUUCUUCAACAAGGAGGAGGAAGCCAAGUCCAUGUUCAAUGAUGCCAUGAGCCUUUACGUGGACGCCAAGAGUGCCAACGGCGCCGGCCAGAAAGUGGCGUGGGUCUCUUACGAGGCUGCAGGUUACUGGAAUGCGGAGAGGUUCACGCUUUCCCUGGCCAUCUACAAGCAGGAGCUCGUCACUGCUGCGGCUGGUGCCAACAUUGAUGGCGACGCAGUCCAUGCUGAGGUCGGCGGGAUCAUGACCAAGUUCGUAGACGCGGCGGGAAAUCCUAGCUUCCAGUUGGAGACCAGCCACUACAACGGCUCGAAGGCAGACACCGCCGCGGCCCUCCUCGAGGCUCUCAGCUCUCAGGGCGUGAAUGUCCUGAUCGACGAGACCUACCAGUCGGACACGGCCAGCUACACCAUCGACACGUUUUUGUCCAACUUCGGCCUUGCUAGCACCAGCUUAAAGGUGCUCCGCAUCGAUGGCACCUUGAGCGCGUCUAACAACCUGGACUGGUACGAGUCGAGGGUGGCUCAUCCGCACCGGGCUGUGCAGGGGCUGCAGCGGGUGAUGCUGCCGGACAGCAGCCUGCCCAAGCACUUCUUCCGCGACAUCAGCGCCGGCGAGGUGCCGGACGUCAUUCUCGCCAGCGCCUGCACCACGCCGCUGCCCUUCUGCGAUCCCACCAUGAUCGCCUCGGUGGGCGAGGCGAGCGCCGCGGGGCGCGCGGCCGCGCCGCUCCUCGUGGCCGCGCUGGGCGCGCUCCUCGCGGCGGCGCGCGGCUAG